AUGAGCAUUUCGUCGCAUCAUUUGUCCAGUUUAGCCUACGACGAAGAUUGUAUUCAUUCAGUGAUUGACGAAAAGACUCCUUCGCCUCCGCCGAAACCGCCUAGAGGGAUAUUACGAAAAGGUGCACCGAUGAAACCUCAAAGAAGUGCUUUAAAAAUCGACCCGCUUCAGAACGAUGACAAAGAAAACUGCAAUCAACCUCAACCACAAUCUCAAUUCAAAGCGAAAGAAAGAAUGGAGCAAAUGCAAGAUUACUUUAAGAGGAGUAUUGCAGUUAUUCGGAGAAGCGAAGAAUUCACAGGAGUAGAAGCAGCCGAUAUUUUGACAGCUUAUAUUGAAUCCCAUCGGGACGAUUUCCCAGAAAAUGUCGGAAGAAGUAACGCUGUAAAAUUGCUUGGGAUUUGGUUGGAAUCCAAAACAAUUCAAAGUGUUGAUAUUCACCAGAAAAAGUUUUUGGAUUCCGAGCGUGCAUUUUAUAGGCUGGGUGGAGAGUCAGAAAAUUUAUACAUCGUCACAACUCCAGUUCCAUCAAGAGAUCAAGAUGAGCAUUCAACAUCAGUUUCAAGAGCAUCAAGCACUCGUCGUAGUAACAGUUUCAAAAGACUUUUCUCUCCAUUGAUUCCGGUACGUAGAAACCGAUCGACUUCACGAGGGCGUGACAAAGAUAACGGAAAAGAAGGUGGAUCCACUCUUCUUAAAUCAACUUGGAGUUUGUUCUCAUCAUCUGAUAAGCAGGAGAAAAAAGCAAGAAAAGCAGAACAACAAAUGAUCAAAGAGGAAGAAGCCGAAGUUUAUGAGCUUGCACUUUUCCACUUGCUGAGCUUGAUCGAAGUGGAGUUUUUGGAAGACGUCGCUCUCCCUGUUCAAGACGUGAAGAAAAAUGCGUCAUUUUUGUCAUCAAUACUGGAAAAAGUUGGGUUAGGAGCAGGGGAAGAUCGACUAGAUCCACAGCAAGAAGAAGAGAUGGACUUGGUUAUUGAAACACAUCCAUUGAUACGAGAUGCAAGAAGCUGGUUCCAAAUGGCUCGAUGCUGUGCUCCGCUUCUUUAUCUGGAAAAUGCACCCGGAAAAACCUCGAAAAUGCAGAUGUUUUUAUGGUGCAGAGCUGCAUUAACUGCAGUCAAAGCUCGACUAGAAAAAAUCACUCGACAUGGAGAAUCUCCUCUGUUUCCAGCUGAAUUUUCCCCUCUUCUCAAUAAAAUUGCUCAGCAACAUAUUAUGGAUACUGGAGAGAAGUUGCCGACUGCCAUCAUGUAUAUAUUCUUGAUGGUCCCUAACCCACUUCGCAAAACCAUUGAUCAAAUUGUUCAUUGGCUUGAGCUCACUAUGCGAGCAGAUGCGGUUGAAGAUUUGAGAAGUCCUUUCUACUUGGGUCAGAUGGAUCCUCGGCGAUACAGAGAAAACUUUCUAGUGAUAGUCGAAGAGCUCUGCCCUUUCAUUUUCCCGAAAGGAUGUAUGACAAACGGUCAAGAAAUAAUCUUUAUGGAGACUCUCGUCGAACUUCGUCGGAAUAAACGACUUGGCCUUCGUCCGCAACCACUGGAGAAUUCAUUACGAGCAAAACAUAACUCCACAGAGAACGAAUUGACACCAGUUCGGUUUACUGUUCCUCGUGAGUCGGUUCGUUCAAAAUCACUGAAAUCUACCGAGUUGAGUGAAACUGAUUCUUUCCUUGUGCAAAUGAUUAAUAACAUGCUAGACGACAAAAAGACAACACUGUCCGACAAAAGGAAACGACUCGCAGAAUUCGAAAAAUGCUAUCCGAUCCUUUACAAGAAUCACUUCAAUGGAAUGCUCUGA